AUGGCGACAACUAGUCCCAGGAUCACCCGGCUGGAGGAGAAGCAGCAGCUCCAGGACCUCAACGAUCGUCUGGUGGUGUACAUUGACAAGGUCCGCAGCUUGGAGUCGGAGAACGACGUCCUCCAGGUCACCAUCAAGGAGAAGGAGGACGUGAGGAGCCGCGAGGUGACUGGACUCAAGGCCCUCUACGACUCUGAGCUAGCGGACGCCCGGAGGAGCCUGGACGAGUCCUCCAAGGAGCGGGCCCGGCUGCAGAUCGAGCUGGGGAAGAUCCAGAGCGAGCACCAGCAGCUCCAGCUCAACUAAGGCCCCGUUGACCUGUAACGAUGUAGCGCGCUAAUGCGGCCCAGACUCUGGAUGACGAGCUGGAGGCUAACGGCUUCACGCCGCUGACCGGAUCAACAUGAACGAGCGCACGUGACGAGCCGUUUGUGCGCGAGCGUUCAGUUGGUGCGCGAGCGUUCAGUUGGACGGUCCUGGUGCGCGCGAAACUCUAAACGUACACAAAUAAAACAAAUGCGUUUGUGUUUUA